GCACAAGCUAGGAGGGGGCAGCGGGGAAAGCAUCUUGGUGUCGCAGCUUCAGCACGGGCUGACGCUGGAAUUUGAACACAGCGAUUCACCUCGGCGGCUUCGUCUUGUGCUUAGCGAACUGCUGGCGAUUAUGAAUAAGGUGUCAGAAUCCAAUGGUGAGUUUUUUCUCAAAUCUUCCGAGCUCUUCGAGAGUCCUGUUUAUCUGGAGGAGGCAGCAGACGUUCUCUGCAUUUUGCAAGCAGAGCUGCCAUCGCUGUUGCCAAUAGUUGAUGUGGCUGAAGCUCUGUUGCACAUCAAAAAUGGAGCCUGGUUCCUCUGCCUGCUGGUGGCCAAUGUUCCCGAUAGCUUUAAUGAGGUCUGCAGAGGUUUGAUUAAGAAUGGUGAGCGGCAGGAUGAGGAAAGCGUUGGAGGCCGUCGCAGAACAGAAGCACUUCGCCAUCUGUGUAAAAUGAACCCUUCCCAGGCCCUGAGGGUCCGAGGCAUGGUGGUGGAGGAGUGUCAUCUACCAGGUCUUGGUGUGGCUUUGACCUUGGAUCACACCAAGAAUGAAGCUUCAGAUGAUGGAGUCAGCGACCUGGUGUGUUUUGUGAGUGGUUUGCUGCUUGGAACAAACGCAAAGGUUCGAACUUGGUUUGGAACUUUUAUCCGAAAUGGCCAACAGAGAAAAAGAGAUAAUAUCAGCUCUGUGCUUUGGCAAAUGAGGAGGCAGCUGCUCCUGGAGCUCAUGGGAAUCCUUCCCACAGUUCGCAGCACACACAUCGUGGAGGAAGCAGAUGUUGAUAUGGAGCCAAAUGUGUCUGUGUAUUCAGGACUGAAGGAAGAGCACGUUGUGAAAGCCAGCGCGUUGUUACGUCUCUACUGUGCUUUGAUGGGAAUUGCUGGGCUGAAGCCAACUGAUGAAGAAGCUGAGCAGCUACUGCAGCUGAUGACCAGCCGGCCUCCUGCGACUCCAGCCGGUGUUCGCUUUGUGUCUCUUUCCUUCUGUAUGCUGCUGGCCUUCUCCACUCUUGUCAGCACCCCAGAACAGGAGCAACUCAUGGUAAUGUGGCUCAGUUGGAUGAUAAAGGAAGAAGCUUACUUUGAAAGCAUUUCUGGCGUGUCUGCUUCUUUUGGAGAGAUGCUUCUCCUGGUAGCCAUGUAUUUCCAUAGUAACCAGCUCAGUGCUAUCAUUGAUUUGGUCUGCUCCACCUUGGGAAUGAAGAUUGUUAUUAAGCCCAGCUCACUCAGCAGAAUGAAGACAAUCUUCACACAGGAGAUUUUCACUGAACAGGUUGUUACAGCCCAUGCAGUUCGCGUGCCUGUUACAGGCAAUCUCAGUGCCAACAUUACUGGGUUUUUACCUAUUCACUGCAUUUACCAGCUUUUAAAAAGUCGAUCAUUCACCAAGCACAAAGUAUCCAUUAAGGACUGGAUCUAUCGGCAGCUCUGUGAAACCACUACUCCACUCCAUCCUCAGUUGCUUCCUCUCAUUGACGUCUACAUUAACUCUGUUCUUACUCCUGCCUCUAAAUCCAACCCGGAGGCCACGAACCAGCCUGUCACAGAACAGGAGAUACUGAAUGUUUUUCAAGGACUCUCUGGGGGAGAAAAUACUCGUCUUGCUCAACGAUACAGCAUCACAACGCAAUUGCUCGUCCUCUACUACGUCCUGUCGUACGAAGAAGCACUUCUGGCAAACACAAAGAUACUAGCUGCUAUGCAGAAAAAACCCAAGUCUUACUCGUCGGCAUUAAUGGACCAGAUUCCAAUCAAGUACCUCAUCCGGCAGGCACAAGGACUCCAGCAGGAACUGGGAG